ACUUCCUGUGGAGGCCCCAGCGGGAGCGGGAGGAGGAGGAGCCGCCGCCAGCGCCACACGGGAGGGAGCCAGAGCCGAGCCCUCCCGCCGCCGCCGCCGCCGCCAUGGGCCAGAACGACCUGAUGGGCACCGCCGAGGACGUCGCAGACCAGUUUCUUCGAGUCACAAAGCAGUACCUCCCUCAUGUGGCACGCCUGUGUCUUAUUAGCACCUUCCUGGAAGAUGGCAUCCGAAUGUGGUUCCAGUGGAGUGAACAGAGAGAUUAUAUUGAUGCAACCUGGAAUUGUGGCUAUAUCCUCGCCUCUAUCUUCGUGUUCUUAAAUUUGCUUGGGCAGUUGACUGGCUGUAUCUUGGUAUUGAGCAGAAAUUUUGUACAAUAUGCCUGCUUUGGACUCUUUGGAAUUAUAGCAUUACAGACAAUUGCAUACAGCAUUUUAUGGGAUCUCAAAUUUUUGAUGAGGAAUCUGGCCUUAGGAGGAGGAUUGUUGCUGCUCUUGGCUGAGUCCCGUUCUGAAGGAAAAAGCAUGUUUGCAGGGGUCCCAACCAUGCGAGAGAGCUCACCCAAACAGUACAUGCAGCUUGGUGGGAGGGUAUUGCUGGUCCUGAUGUUCAUGACACUUCUUCACUUUGAUCCCAGCUUCUUUUCUAUUCUUCAGAACAUCGUGGGCACAGCUUUGAUCAUUUUAGUAGCUAUUGGUUUCAAAACCAAGCUAGCUGCGUUGACUCUGGUCAUCUGGUUGUUUGGCAUCAAUGUCUAUUUCAACGCUUUCUGGACCGUCCCAGUCUAUAAACCCAUGCAUGACUUCCUCAAGUAUGACUUCUUCCAAACCAUGUCAGUGAUUGGAGGCUUACUUCUCGUGGUUGCCUUGGGCCCUGGUGGUGUGUCCAUGGAUGAGAAGAAGAAGGAAUGGUAACAGCCCCCCCGUGUCCCUGCCCAGUGAAAAACCAGUGGCUAUCAAGGACAGUAUGGAUUCAACAAAACUGCCAGCAUUUGCAUACCUGACUCUCUUCCCUGGUAAAGGCACAGAUGUUUUGAGAACUUUAUUUACAGUGAACACAAUCUGAAAUUGAUGGCUAAAUCUGCUUUGGAGGCAUGCUCAGUCCCAAAUUUUAGUAUUUUUUUUUUUUAGGUUGGCCAGCUUAAACAAUAUAUCACCCUUUAGCUGAGGGCUCUUGAAAUUCAUCUGCAUGGGCAGCUUGGCUGUUCCUGGUCAUUGUUUUUUUUUUUUUGUGGGAGGGAGGGAAGGGACUCUUCAAGCUGUACUGUGAGCAGAUACACAACUGUAUCAUUCAAUGUGGUGGUCUCUGUUUUUUUUGUUUACAUUUUUAGCUAGAACUACUAAAUGGAUUUGAGAUACCCAGGCCAAAUAUCACAUUAUUUUAAACAUCAUUAAAUAUUCUCCUCUCCCUUAUAAUGGCUUUUGUAGGAAAAAUGAUAAAAGUCAAAAACCCAAAGAAAUACAGUAUUAACACUACUAGAACUGACACAGUGAGGCCCAUGAAGGCAGCUCUAUGUAAAGAGUAGCAAGAAGACACAUCAACACAGCCCUUUGGAUUGGUCUGUCUUGGACAAGCAAUGUUUCUCCCACAUCACUAAAGUUGCACUGAUUUAGCUUUGUUGGUUUAAGAUAGGAAAAGGGAGCCAAUGUAGACUUUGUUUUAGGCACUGACUGCAUUAAGACGCCAUGACCUUUUGGAAUAUAAGAGCAGGGCAGUUGCCCACAGUGGGUUCACAGGCAGUGAGAUAGACCUUGUUGAUACAUUUGACAUGGUAGGCAGUGGGUGCUGUUGGAGCAUAGCAUCUCAGGUAGGGUGAUAGUGGCUUCUGCUAAAGGCUUCAAUUUAGCACCAUUUUGGAGUGGGGGAAAAUUAGGCUUUCAAAUCAACGCCUCCCAUUCUUUUCUCACAGAGCAAGAUCUUAGCUUACUGUGAAACCCUGUUUGGGGUCCUGAAUGGGUUUUAGCAUGACCAGACCUUUUCUUUUGUUAAGGGAUUUUUCCCAGGCUUAUGGCCAGGAACUGGGUUUUAUCCCAGGGUCUACCAUUUCAGGAGGCUGUUGCUUUGUUGUUCAUUUUUUGAUUUUUCUUUUCUUUUCCUACAUUGUAUACAGCCAAAUUGAAUUUUUUAAAAAUGUGUGAUGCCUUACUGAUUUGAUCUUGAUCCUGUAUUUAAAGUUUUCUAACAUUGCCUUA